CUUACACUCAAGUGGAGUUGCGAUUACGAGUUGUUGGCUCGUACUCAAACGUACAGUAGUUGCUUGUGUAGUGUAGUUUCUUUGCUAUGUAGAACAAUGUAAAGGCAUAUAAUUUGCAUGCAUACGAAAAAAGUUUUACGAACAUAACGGAAUCCUAAUUUCAUUUUUAACGCUUGAGAAGGCAUUGUAGCAGUAAAUAAACGAACGAAAACGAAGCUUAGCGGUAAAUUGUAGCAAGUUAAAUAAUAACUGGAACACAUUUUGUUGUAGCAUACAUUUGGGUGCGAAUAACUCCAUUAAUUUAAAAGUCGUUGACAGAACAAAGAUAAACAUAAGCAACAACAAAUCGACGGAAAGGAAGACGAACAAGAGAAAGCAAGAACAACUCGUGCACGCGACAAAGCGUUUGCUGGGAAAAAAUUGACGCGAGAUCAGCGGUGUCUCAUAUACCAAGAUUAAGUGUGCGCCAUUUCGGAAACACGCAAAGCCUGAUUUUCGACGCUGAUUAGAGGCAGAAGCAAAGUGAUUGCCGGGGCAAACGAGCAUUAGGCACUCCGGGCAGUUAGCGGAGUACAUAAAGCAGCAGCAGAAACAGCAAUUGGGGAGAAUCAACCGAAAUAAUAACGGUCCCGUUGACGUGUGUUGCAAGUGCGAAGACAAAAACAAAUCGGGAAAACCGACUGGGAAAAGUACUAAAUUAACUUGGCGCGUGUGAAAAGUUAUAGCAAGUUGCUGUAACAAUUACAAAAACAAUUGUGUAAAAAAACAAAAAAAUAAAAACUUGAACAAAAACAAAAAGUGAACUUGCAACAAAAGCGUUUGUGAGACUAAGUGUGUGAAGUGAAUAUUGCAGAAAUAAGCGUCCUGCUUCAGCUCUAAAUAUUGUGUACGAGUGUGUGCUUUUGCGUCCCUCACGUGUCAGCACGAAAGGAUAAUUGACAGCGUUACACUACGCGAAUUCCAACUUAAUUUCGGUGAAAUUUGUUUACUCGCAGUGCGCUAAAAUAACAGCAGAGCUUUAAAGUCAGUAUAAAUAGAGAGUAGUGCUUCGUCUCAGCAGCAUAUCAACGCCGUUAGCGUCGCUCUCAAUGAUGUGGCACGAACAGCAGCGAUACCAUCAGCAGCCGCAACGCAGCAUGCGGCGCCCGCGUUCGCCUUUGGCGCGUUACUGGCCGCUGGCCAUUAUUUUGUUGCUGCAAUUAUUGCUUGCCACCGACAAAGUGGACGCCAUCGACUUGAGUCGCCUCUACGGGCAUAUGGCCAACAACAUACAGAAGCGAAGCGAUGCCUGUCAUCCAUAUGAGCCGUUCAAGUGUCCGGGUGAUGGUAAUUGCAUUUCGAUUCAAUAUUUAUGCGAUGGUGCGCCCGAUUGCUCCGAUGGCUAUGACGAGGACAUGCGACUCUGUACGGCAGCUAAACGCCCACCUGUUGAGGAGACCGCCUCCUUCCUGCAAAGUCUAAUCGCCUCGCAUGGUCCCAAUUACUUGGAGAAGCUGUUCGGCAGUAAGGCUCGCGACGCACUCGCUCCGUUAGGUGGCGUGGAGAAGGUUGCCAUAGCCCUGAGCGAAUCACAGACGAUUGAAGAUUUUGGCGCCGCAUUGCAUUUGAUGAGAUCCGACUUGGAGCACUUACGAUCCGUUUUCAUGGCUGUUGAAAAUGGCGAUCUCGGCAUGUUGAAGUCGCUCGGCAUCAAAGACUCCGAACUGGGCGAUGUGAAGUUCUUUUUGGAGAAAUUAGUCAACACCGGCUUCCUAGACUGAGUGGCGCCAGAUCCCGCUUCUGGAUUUUAUUAUGCACACGCACAACCCAUUAACCCCAAUUUUUACUCGUACUUGGGCACACCCUAUGACAACUACAACUACUAAAUACGAACACGUAUUUGGCCGACGUAGGUGAAAUAGGGAGACGCCUUAUUUACGAAUAAAAAGCACACACACACAAAAGCAGACAUACACACCAACAACAACAACAAAUAGAAACGCAGAUACAUUGAUGCAGUGAUAUAACAAAAAUAGCAAAAAACACAUGAAAAAGUAGUUGGAACAUAAUUCUUUCUCAAAUCUUAAAGUGAAGGAACAAAUUACAGUCAAAUCUUCAAGUUUCUUUCCAUUUUCUACACACAUUAUUUUUGUUGGACUUUAAUUUGUUUACCGAGGUUUCGUUUUGACGUGUGUUUGCAGAAUUUUUAUAGAAAAAAAUCAAAGUAAAAAUCACAAAAAAAUUGCAAAAAAUCAUAUGAGACCAAAAAAAUCGAUUGUGUUUAGAAAAUAUAUAUAACUGAAAAUAGACUUAGGCAGGCGAAAGCGCGGGGCAGGUGUAAAAGCGGCGGCGAAGUAGAAUUAAAAUGCGACAAUUGCAUAGUUCCAAGCAACCAAUAGAAGCUUUGUAUGGGUGAGUAGUUGAUGCGUCUUUGCGGGCAGUGCGUACUUCCGGGGAUUCCAUGAGCGAAUGCAAAUUACAACAAACAUAAUAUUAUAACUGGUUUUACUGCUACCAACUACGCUUUGUUUGUAUGCUUUCUUUGCGCACUUUUUGCUUUACUCACUAGCUAAACGUUGCUUUCUAUUCGACUCCGAGUCAAGGCGCUAUUUUGAAAACUUAAAUUUUUGAGAAAAGAAUAGUGUACAUUAAAAAAAUAACAACAACAAACAAAAGUAUGAAAUAGUCAAUGGUUUUCAGUGGUAUCUCAAUGUGUACAUUCCAAUUCAAUCAUAUUAAUAAUAAAAUGUGGAAGCAGGAUCGACAUGAACAAUGAAAAAACAAAACAAAUGAAGAAGCUAAGAAAAAAAAUGCGAUAAAAUUGAGUAAUUACUAUGAAAUAUAAACUAAAUGGCGCAAACAAAAUGCAAUGUAUAUGUUGGAAGAUAGAAGAGUGCAAAACACAGGCAAUGCAGCAAAAAAAAAUUAAAAUAAAAUAAAUAAAAUAGUAGAAGUUUCUGAAAAUUUUUGAAAACUAAAGCAAAAAAACGAAACACAUAAAUAGUGCAACUAAAAUUGCAAAAAAAUACUGUUGUACUCGAAAAAAAAUAUAAAAAUACAAAACUUAAAAAAAAAUUAUAUAAAAAAUAAAAAAAAUCUUUAAAAAUCUCUUCAUCCACUUAUGAGCAUGACUAAUGCCGUAGUACAAUUAGCAUGUAUGUAUCUCACAAUGGCUAUCAGUAUAUACCUUCCAGCUAAAAACAAAAACAAAAAACAAACACUUAAAACUACGAAAAUAUAUUUAAAUUUUUUUUUUAUUAGAAAACAAAUAGCUGUAAAUUUUUGAAAUUUUUUUUGUGACAAAAAAUCCGCUCUAAAGUGUGUAGCUUAAAAAAAAGGCAUGACUGCGCCACAAAAAAUAUAUUCUAAUUAAGUAACUGUAUUUUCAAAUCAUUUACAUAACAAAGUGUGCAACCUUUUCUCUUAUAAUUAGCAUUAGGGUGGCGAAAAAGUAUAGACAAAUAUUUGACUAGACACUAUAAGCCAGUAAAGUAGGUAUACUAACUGAAUUUAUGGUAAACUAAAACAUAUCUGCAUGUAUUCAAAAUUAGAAAAAGUAGUUUUAGCGACAAAAAAAAAAAUACGAAAAAACCACAACAACCCUAGCAAGCCCUGCAGCUAUUUAAAAACCCCGGUUUUCGAAAUGAAAAAUUAUUAAAAUAAAGCAAAUAAGUUUAUAAAAAAAUAUUUCUUGUUAAAACACACACAUACAUAUCAAAUUUAGCAUAUAAAUCAUACUUUCCCAAGCAUAAUGGCAUUUCAAUAUGCUUUCGAGAGCGAUUAGUGCGCGUAUCUAUGAGAACUCAGCAGAAAAUAAUAAAAAAAAAUAUUGCAAAUAAAUCUUGAAAACUUAAGUCCCACAAACAACGCAGGAAAUUACAAAAUGUAGCAAAAAAUUAUAAAAAAAGCAACCCUGACUUGACGCGUGAAAAAGUUCACAAAAAAUAUUAUAAAAAUUUCAAAAUUAUGUACUUUAGUAUGCGUUCACAUAAGCACGCUUGAAAUACUUGAAGGAAAUGCAAAAGCAAAUGUAAUUUGUGCGAAAGAGCGGCAAAAGGCGAACAAGUUGACACUUGAGUGACAGUUCGGCGCUUACGCACGCCGACUGCGCAGAUUCGUGCUUUUACAUAGUUAUACAUUAUAUAGCAUGUAUAUACUGCAUAUUUACAUAUGUAUAUAAGCAUACAUGCAUACAUAUGUGCAGUUGUUCGCGAAACUAUUUCAUAUCGUAGUUAACGGUUUAUGGUUCGUUAUAAAAUGGCAAAUUUAGAAGUGUAAAGAAAUUAUUAUGCAAAAUAAGCAAGUUUUUCAGCGCUAAUUUUUAUUUCUUAGUAAGUAAUGGCUGUUCUUUAACGAUUUACCGUUUUGUUUUGCGUUAUUUUUUCCUAAAAAAUAUAAUAUUUCUUAUAAAAAAA